AUGUCAUUGACACUCCGGACCAAGCUCCAGGUGGAGCUUUUGACCGCUUUCUUAAAUACCCGUGGUCCGAGGGUGAUUCUUUUCUCAGAGUCUUACCCUCUGGACCACAGUCCUGUUGUUAUAGAGCUUCUUUUGGGCACUUCCUCUGUGCCAGUCGCUUCGUUGUCACUGCGCUCAACAUAG